AUGGGUUUGAUUGUGACCCUGAAUUUUCUGAAAUCUUUCUUUAAAAUGGUGCAAAAAGGGCCACGUCCUCUUGUUCUCUGCGGCCCAUCUGGUUCGGGAAAGAGUACUUUGUUAAAGCGUUUACUAAAAGAAUUUCCAGACAAGUUUGGUUUUAGUGUGUCGCAUACGACAAGAUGUCCUAGACCCGGCGAAAAGGAUGGUGUACACUAUCACUUUACUACGAAAGAUCAAAUGUCGGCAGCCAUAACAAAGGGUGAAUUCAUAGAAACGGCGAUAUUCAGUGAAAACAUGUAUGGAACCAGUAAGAAAGCAGUUGAAGAUGUCCGGCGAACUGGGAGAAUAUGUGUUCUCGAUAUUGAAAUUGAGGGUGUGAAGCAGAUUAAGAGGACAGAUUUGGACCCUGUGUUAGUGUUCGUAAUGCCGCCAUCCAUUGGGGAACUUGAAAGGCGUCUUCGCAAUCGCAAUACAGAACAAGAAGAAGCAUUGCAGAAAAGAUUAGAGCAGGCUCUCCACGAGAUUGAAUAUGGUAAACAGCCCGGAAACUUCCACAUUGUUAUUUUAAAUGACAAUCUAGAUAAAGCAUAUACUGAACUACGUGACUUUCUUGCCAAAAAUUUGGAGAACACUGUUGAAGAAACAAAUGCUCCACUGGACAAGUAA